CUUUUCCCUCUCUCUCUCUCCUCAAUCGCAAGGCUGCGCUCACCGACUCGACACCGCCGACAGGGAUGCAGCGAGGGCGCAGCGCAGCCUGAAAAAUGGCACCAGCACCACCACGCGUCCCGUGGAUCUAUCCAUCCCUCUCACUCCUUCUUCUUCUGCUUUUUCACGCGUUGUCGCCGUGCCGAGCCUUACGGAAUUACCCGGAGAAUGAAGUUACGUUGCUGGACUCCAUGUCAGCCUUGGCCGACCUGGGCUGGGAGGCUUACCCUAAUGAGGGGUGGGAGGAGAUCAGCGUGAUGGAUGAGAGGAACACCCCGAUGAGGACCUACCAGGUGUGCAGCGUCAUGGAGGCCAACCAGAACAACUGGCUGAGGACGCGCCACAUCAGCAGAGAAGGAGCGCAGCGCGUCCACAUCGAGAUCAAGUUCACCCUGAGGGACUGUAACAGCCUGCCCGGGGUGCCCGGGACCUGCAAGGAGACAUUCAACAUGUACUACUACGAGUCCAACAGCGCCAACCUGUGGUUCAUCAAGGAAAGCCAGUACGUCAAGAUCGAUACUAUCGCUGCUGAUGAGAGUUUUACACAGGUGGACGUUGGCGACCGCGUGAUGAAGCUGAACACGGAGGUGCGCGACAUCAGCAACCUGAGUAAAAAGGGUUUCUACCUGGCCUUCCAGGACCUGGGCGCCUGCAUCGCUCUGGUCUCAGUCAGGGUCUUCUACAAGAAGUGUCCCCUCACUGUGCUCAACUUGGCCCAGUUCCCCGACACGAUAACGGGCGGAGACACGGCGCUGGUGGAGGUCCACGGCAUCUGCGUGAACGCCUCCGAGGAGUUUGAGGCUCCGAAGAUGUACUGCAGCGCGGACGGAGGCUGGCUGGUUCCCAUCGGGAGGUGUGUGUGCAAACCGGGCUUCGAGGAGAACAAGGACGUCUGCCAACCAUGCAGACCUGGUACCUACAAGGCUUCAGCCACAGAUGCCUACUGCACCAAAUGCCCUCCUCACAGCUCGUCCCCGCAGGAACAAGCCUUCGAGUGCGUCUGCGAGAAAGGUUUCUACCGCGCCGAGGGCGACCCGCGCUCAAUGGCCUGCACACGUCCUCCGUCUGCUCCAGAGAACCCCAUCUCCACGGUGAACGAGACCUGCGUCACCUUGGAGUGGUCGCCGCCCAGAGAGACGGGAGGCCGAGGAGACAUCACCUACAGCCUCCACUGCAGGAAGUGCUCUGGCGACGGCAGGAAGUGCACGCCGUGCGGUAGCAGCAUCCAUUUCGUUCCCAGACAGUUCGGCCUCUUGUCGGCCACAGUGCUGGUCACCGACCUGCAGCCGGACUCCAACUACAGCUUCACCGUUGAGAGCCAGAACGGAGUGUCGGACUUGAGUCCCACGCCAAGAGGAACGGUAGUCAUCAAUGUCACCACAUCACAGACGGUGAGCGUAGUGCUGAAGGAGAGGCGGAGCAAGGACAGUGUGACUUUGGCCUGGCAGGGUCCAGAGAGACCCAACGGAGCGAUAGUGGAGUAUGAGGUCAUCUACUAUGAGAAGAAUCAGCGGGAGCAGAACUACACAGUCUUGAAGACUCGCUCCAACAUGAUGACAGUGGACGGGCUGAAGCCAGGGACCACCUAUGUGUUCAGGGUGAGGGCUCGAACCGACGGGGGCUAUGGGAGCUACGGCGGAGAGAUCGAAUUGGAAACCAGCCACGAAGAUGUGUUUGCUAUCGGGGACCCUAACCAGUCCACCAUUCUGGCUGUGUCCAUCGCCGGGGGAAUCGUUCUCCUCAUCUUCCUGGUGACUUGCUUCGUUGUCAGCGGAAGGCACUGUGGAUAUAUCAAAGCCAAGCAGGACCCUGAUGAAGAGAAGAUGCAGUUCCAACAUGGCCGAGUCAAGCUGCCAGGCAGCAGGACCUACAUCCAUCCUCACACUUACGAAGACCCCAACCAGGCUGUCAGGGACUUUGCCAAAGAGAUCGAUGCUUCCAAUAUUCGCAUAGAGAGAGUCAUUGGAGCUGGAGAGUUUGGGGAAGUGUGCAGCGGUCGGCUGCGUGUUCAGGGAAAAAGGGAGAUCUACGUGGCCAUCAAGAGUCUGAAGGCGGGAUACUCUGACAAACAGAGGAGGGACUUCCUGUCUGAGGCCUCCAUCAUGGGGCAGUUUGACCAUCCGAACAUCAUCAGGCUGGAGGGUGUCGUCACCAGAUGUAAACCAGUGAUGAUCAUAACAGAGUUCAUGGAAAACGGAUCUCUGGACACUUUUCUCAAGAAACAUGACGGCCAGUUCACGGUGAUCCAGCUGGUCGGCAUGUUGCGCGGCAUCGCCUCAGGUAUGAAGUACCUGUCAGACAUGAGCUACGUUCACCGAGACCUGGCAGCUCGAAACAUCCUGGUCAACAGCAACCUGGUGUGUAAAGUGUCGGACUUUGGCCUGAGUCGGGUUCUGGAAGACGACCCAGAGGCUGCCUACACCACAAGGGGAGGGAAGAUCCCCAUCAGAUGGACGGCUCCGGAGGCCAUAGCCUACAGGAAGUUCACCUCAGCCAGCGAUGUGUGGAGUUACGGCAUCGUCAUGUGGGAGGUGAUUUCAUACGGAGAGAGACCCUACUGGGAGAUGUCCAACCAGGAUGUGAUCAAAGCAAUAGAUGAGGGCUACCGUCUUCCCGCUCCUAUGGACUGUCCUGUGGUGUUGCACCAGCUCAUGUUGGACUGCUGGGAGAAGGGACGCAGUGAACGGCCAAAGUUUGGACAGAUUGUCACAAUCCUGGACAAACUCAUCAGAAACCCAGCCAGCCUCAGAGAGCUGGCCAACAGCUCAGCAUGCAGGGAGGAGCCGUCCACCCCAGAGUUCAGUGUGAGCACAGUGGAUGAGUGGUUGGAGGCCAUCAAGAUGGGCCAGUAUAAGGAGAACUUUUCCAGUGCUGGAUAUGUCAGCUUGGACUCAAUCCUCUACAUCAGUGUCAGUGAAUUGGCUAAGAUGGGUGUGAGUCUUGCCGGCCACCAGAAGAAGAUUCUGUCCAGCGUGCAGACCCUGCAGACCCAGGGGACGCACGUCCAAGUAUAACAGUUCCCACAUAAACACGCACAGAGAGACAGAGCCAAAAUGGAUGCUCUUGUGAAGAGUUUCCCCACUGAAAUGGAGUUGUAAUGGAUACUCUAUGCUCGGGCCUCCAUUGAUUUUGAGAGACACACUAAGACGGAGACAACAUGGACGCUUGGCUCCUUCACCUUUCUCGCAGUUUCACCAUUCUUCCCAUCCUCGAUGGGCACUACCGGCUUCAGCACUCAAGAGUUCCAGCAACACAGCAGCCACCAUUACGGAGCAACAGAUGAGAGACACACGUCCAACAACCAAGACCAUUUCACAUCAUAUCAGCUCGACAAAAGAAGAAAAAAAAAUAUUCUUAACAAAAGAAAUGACAAAAAAAACAAAUUAGAAUAUAAUUAUCAUCACUGUCUGUGAGGUGUACAGUUGUUUUUUACUGUCAUUUUUGUUUCCGUUUUCACCUUGAAGAGUUUAAAAAGGGUCAGAAGAAAUGUAUAUGUGUAGAUAUAUGUUUAUAUGGGCUGUGUGUCCCACAACCGUAGAGAUGGACCUAACGUUUGUAUUGGUGGUGAGGUUUGUAUCGCUCAACCUUAAUGGGAGUUAUUACCUACAGCAGUACAUGUAUGGCCCCUUCCAUUGUAAACAGAAAGCCAAUGAGUGAGCCGAGAUUAUGAAUGACAUGAAUGUGCGGGGUGAGGGGGAACGGAGAAACUGGACCUUUAGAGAUAGAGAGGGAAGUAGAUUUUACUAGCUCGUAUAGGAUGGGAAUAUGAUUCAUUUAAAUAGUGUAUUUGACCAGGACAAGGGCUUCCCUAGAGACUGCUCUCAGACACACUUCCAUAGCAACUAGACACAGGGCACCUUUGCUAGUCUGCUUGCACUUGUGAUGUAACUGAGUGCAAAGAAACUGCUUAAGCUGCAGUUAGCACAGACACAUUUUUACUCUUCCAUAACUGACUGUCUAUUCCAAACAACAUUGUUUACUCAGCUGUUACAGUACGGUGUUGUUGGGAAUAUUUCAGCCCAAAAAGUUUGCCUUCCCAUGUUUCAGGUGUGUUAAGAAAGUUAUAGUGUUUUCGUGUAGAGCGAAGGUGAUGCCGAGGUUAUCAUAGAGUUGACACUGUUAAGAAUGUGUACCUUGUUUUUCCAGUGUUGUGCCAUGUACAGUAACCUUGAGAUGUUCAUUUGGGCAACAUACCACCAUUCCUACUACACUCCUUGUCCGUUCAUCAGUUCAUAUGGCUGGAUGCUAACACAAGGCCAGUCACAGUAAUUACAGUGUUUUGUGCUUGAUGAAAAGGAGCAUUGGUUUUCAGCAAGAUGAAAUAUACACAGGGUUGAUUUUCAGCUGUGCCACCAUGAGAGGGUAAAUUUUACUUUAAAAAAAAAAAAAAAAGAUUAUUUGUGUGUCUUGUACUGUCUCACUUACUUGUUAUCAGUCAUGCCAACCUAUUUCAAGCACCCCUAGUUUCAAAC